AAACGAAAAACGAUUUCUUCCAUCUUCGUCUUCCUCCUGCCGCCUACGGGAUCCAAGGAGGGCAGGGAGGGAGGAUUCUCCCCGCGGACCCAAUAAAAGAAACCCAAUCUCGCCUCGCCCGAGACCAGAGAGUUGUUUACCGCCCCUCCAUCUCAUCAAAGGGAUAAAUAAAGAACACCAUUGCCAGAAAGCCGCAGGCGUUAGGUGGUGGUGGUGGUGGUGCGUGCCAGUCAAAGAAGAGGUCUGGGAGGGAGGAAGAAUCAACAUCCAUCCAUCCACCAACCUACUCUUCCUCCUCCUCCUAUCCCCUCCCAUUCUCGCCACGCCGCGCCGCACCGCACCACGCCGACGAGAGGGUCGAAAGGGGGAGCCUUGCUCGAUUUGAUUCCCGUGUGAUCCUUGGUUGAUUAGAGAUGUGCCCGCUGAGGGUGAUACUCAUCUUCCUCUCCGCCACCAUCGCCGGCUUCUUCCUCCUCCGGGGCCUCAACGCCGAGCCGGACCUGUUCCAGGACGACGCAGCCGCCGCCGUCGCGGGGAACGACGACGACGACGACGAGGGGUCGCCCAGGGAACCCGCGCCGCUCCAUUCCAAGGUCGCAUCUGCCGCGAAGACAGGAUUCUGGACGAUGGUGGACAUGGCAAGCGGGCGGUACCUUUGGAGGACCCUUGUUGCACCACCGGCAAAAUCUGAAUCCGAGAAGGCCCGGUGACGAACAUUCAUUACCUGUUUAACUGGAGUGCCAGAAUGGGGAUGAUUUGCAUUGUAUCUGUUUUGGUUACAUCUUGUGUGUAAUGCGGCGGCAGUUGUAAGUUGUAACAUGGGGGUUGAUGUAUGUUUGGAGUAAAUGUGCCAAAUUGUUUACGUAUGAACCGUGUGUCAUAUUCAUAUAUGGUGGGACCCUGGGAGUAUGGUGUAUGGGUAUCGAACUAAAUUUGCAUGUGUUUGAAUCAUUGUUUCCACUUU